ACAAGAACAAACUCCGGGAAGCGCUAGGGAUUUUAGCGCUAGAAGGAAUGCCGACGCUCAAUCUCUCCACGAACGUCCCCGCCGAUUCGAUCGUGAGCUCCGACAUUCUCAAGGAUGCGAGCAAGGCGGUCUCUCGGAUCAUUGGAAAGCCCGAACAGUAUGUGAUGAUCGUGCUCAAAGAUAGUGUUCCAAUGUCAUUCGGUGGCACCGAAGAGCCGGCUGCGUAUGGAGAAGUGAUCUCGAUUGGAGGGCUGGGGCCGAGCGUCAACAAAGAACUCAGCGAAGCUUUGUCCGAGAUUUUGGAGUCCAAGUUAUCGGUUCCGCCAUCACGAUUCUACAUUAAGUUCUACGACGUCCAGAGAAGCUUUUUCGGAUGGAAUGGUUCCACCUUCUAAAGUAUACUUCUUAUGAUGUGAGUUACCGAGUAACUGGAUUAAAAAAAGCAACACCGCUGGGGUAUGUAUGUUCGCUUUAUGCUUUUACUAUUAAAUUCUUGGCUAGGAUUUUCAAGUCCAA